AUGACGCCCGCUACCGAGCUGCGCUUCCCACUGAGUUCUGUGCCAAGAACCCCCCCCCCCCCCCCCAUGUACACCACCCUUUACUACCUAGUCACCCGCCUCCCUGACUCCCUUGCUUCACUCAAGGACCACUUUCUCUCCCUUUGCCCCACCGAGCUCACCGUCGACCUGCUAGAGGAGUGCCUCACUGCAGCUGAGAAGAGUAUCUUAGCUGUAGGUGCUUCUCGCGGGGACCCUCGCGCCCCUUUCUUUAAGGGGUGUUCCCCUGUCCCCCUUCUCCCCUCUGUUGCUUCUGCUGUUGCUGUCAACCUUGUUGGCACAGCGGAGGUCAGGGCUGCGUCUGCUCCUAGUGGGAGGCGCCGCACCAGCAAGGGCAAGGGGGGCAAGGGUGGUGGAGGGGACGGUGGGGGCGGCGGUGGAGGCGGUGGAGGAGGUGGAGGGGGUGGCGGUGGAGGUGGGGGUGGUGGUGGGAGUGGGGGCUUCGGUGGCGGCAGUGGAGGUGGUGGAGGCAGCGGCAGCGGCGGUGGAGGCAACGACAGCGGUGGUGGAGGUGGCGGCGGCGGUGGUGCUGGUCGAGGUGGAGCCGCGCAGCGUGAAGGCUCUGGUGGUAGCCAUCGCCAGCAGCAGCCGCGUUCCCGUGAGACCCCGUCGGCCCAGCAACUUCGUGACUGGUACGCUGGGCGUGGGAGGCAGAAUGUUGCUAUCUUUGAUCUUAAUUUCGAUGCUAUCCUUGCUGCCAUGUAUGCUAUGACUGAUAGUGCUGAGGGUGACUGUUACCUGUGUGUUCCGCCCGACCCGGGCAUUGAGGCUGAUGCUCUAGGUGCUAGUGCGUCUGCUGCUCCAGGUACUAGUGAGUCUGCUGCUCCAGGUGCUGGUGAGUCUGCUCUCUCUGGUACUGCACCUACUGACUCUGGUGCUUCGCGCUCCUUCUUUCGCGACAGCACCACACUCACGCCGCUCAGUCGGCCUGUCACAGUCUCCCUGGCUGACCCCUCUGGGGUCCCAGUCCUUGCGCACUCUUCCACGGUUCUACCGUGUCCUGCGGCCCCGUCGGGCUUGCUGUCGGGACUCCACCUCCCCUCGUUCUCUACGAACUUG